AUGAGAUUGUUGUUGGGAGCUCAAGAAGUGUUUGAGAUUGUUCAAGAUGGCUAUGAACAACUUGGUGUGAAUCCAACAGAAAGACAACAAACAACUUUCAAAGAUUGCAAGAAAAGAUAUUGCAAGACAUUGUUUUACAUCCAGCAAAGUGUGAAUUCAAACAACUUUGAAAGGAUUUUGAAGGCGUCUACAUCAAAGGAGAUGAGAACAAAUGGUGAAUCAUUAACUGAAGUGAUGAUUAUUGAAAAGAUCCUUAGAACAUUAACACAAAGGUAUGAUCAUAUUGUAGUGGCCAUUGAAGAAUCAAAGGAUCUUGAUAAGAUGAAGGUGGAAGAUUUGCAAGCCUCCCUUGAAGUUGAUGAACUGAGAGUGAAAAGGGAGAUCAAAUUUGCAGAUAACAGUUCAAUAACGGCAGAAGGAGUAAGAAAAAUGUUGAUUCAAAUGAGAGAUGGUAAACAAUCAUUCAUAUGUGAUGUGUUGUAUGUGCCAAACAUGAAGAACAAUUUGCUAAGUCUUGGACAACUACUUGAAAAGGGGUAUUCUAUGAAGAUAGAGCAGGGUGAAAUGAGAUUAUUUGAUAGUUCAAGAAAACUGAUCUUGAAGGCACCACUGUCUAAAAAUAGAACUUUCAAGAUUGAUAUCCAAAUCAAUGAGAGCAAGUGCCUAGCUGCUGAAGUAAGGAAUGAAGAUUGGAAAAUUUUAGUAUUUCUAAUCAAGAGAAAGAAUGAAGUGUUUGAGAUGAUUAAAAAAUUCAAGAUAAUGGCUGAAAAACAAAGCGGCUUUAUUAUAAAAAUCAUCAGGACAUAUGAAGAAGGAAAAUAUAAUUCUCAUGAUUUCCAUAUUUUUUGUGAAAAAGAAGGGAUAUUGCAUGAAGUAAAUGCACCAUGUACUCCCCAACAUAAUGGCACGGCUGAAAAGAGAAACAAAAAUAUAGUGAACAUGGCCAAGAGUAUGUUGAUGGGGAAGAAAAUGCCUCAUAGAUUCUGGAGGGAAGCAGUAUCAACUGCAGUGUAUAUUUUGAAUAGGUGUCCAACCAAAAGACUAGACACAAGGACACCUGAAGAAGCUUGGACUGGAAGAAAGCCAAUUGUGAAUGAUUUGAGGGUGUUUGGCUCAUAA